AAAGGCUCUUACACAAACCGGUGAAAGAACUACGUAACCUUGUGUGCAUAUUAUUUUGUGACAACUACCAAUGCGUGAUGUUUGUGCAAAAUCUACGGUCCAUUGCUCGCUGACAUGCGGAACUCAGAUAAUGACAUACGUUAAUCGAAGUUAUGGAAUCAUCAAGGUUAAUGACGCUACCCUUCGUCUGAUCGUCAAGGGAACAUAUAAAAACCUCUGAAGCAGAACAAUCAGCACGCGACGUUCUGGAACAUCUCCAAAUCUGUGGCGCCUUCCAGAGCGUCAGCGGCGGACGGGAGAGUUGCUCGCGCGCUUCUUCUAUGACGACAUUUGACAAUGCAGUGAAGUAGUCGCCCACCAUCAUGUCGCUGCUCUUUCGUUUCGCCAAGCUCCAUGACCGUGCCAACACGCACGUCUUCACUUUCGUGGUGACGAAAUCGGUGACGCGUGAUCUGGAGCGAGAUGUCACCAGCAAGGAGUUCGCUUGCGGAUUUCAGCGCUGGGCCAUCACCUUCUCGCGCACUGACAAGGUGCUGGGCGUGUACCUGGUGUGGCGCAACCCGUCGGAGGGCAUGCGCGUGUACGUGGACUUCACGUUCACGCUGCUCAACCGCGAGCACUUCAGCGUGAACGAGGCCUUCUCGGGCAAGCAGGUGAAGUUCUCCGCCGACGCCCCCGCGCAGGGCAACCGCAACUACAUCCCCGUCUCCGACCUCUACGCGCGCAACUUCACCGACACCAACGGCGAGUUUCAGCUGGAGCUGACGAUGGGCCACGUGCGGACGGUGUUCGACACGGAGUUCCGGGUGCCACAGUCGUUCUUCUCGUCGCUGCACUCGUCGCACCACCGCCACCGCCACCACCACGGCGGCUCGGCGGCCGCCGCCGCGCCGGGCUCGUGCUCGGGCAAGGGCAGCCAGCAGAAGUUCGAGUCCACCUACUUCACCUUCGGCGGAUUCGACUGGAACGUCUCCGUCCUACCGCACGGCACCAAGGAACUA